GUUUGCUACAAAUAAUUUACUUUACAGACUUAAUUAUAAAGAUUGUACAUACAGAAUUUAAAGUGACUCGUCGUAGACUGUUAUAUUAAUUUUAUAAAGAAAAUAUCUACCAUCUACUUGAAGUAAUUGUCGUUUUUAUUUGAGAAUGCUGUAAGUUGAACAAUUUCGUAAAGGAAAUGAGUUUUCUCAGAUAUACGCUUUUAUGAUUAUAGUAUCUAGCAAAACAAAACAUACAUUGGCAACACUUAAUGGAUAACAUUUUUUCACCAAUAAACAUCAGAAAACUAACAGACUAUUUAUGUCACAGUAAGUCAUCAAGUGAAUGUUCACUAGUUAACUGAAAAGCAAUAGAAAACUGUUUCAUUCUAAGCUGAAACUUCCGAAGGUGUAUACAUGACCCAUAAUUAUUAAGUUCAGAUCAGUAAAGUAAUUUGGAUAUACAUUAUAUUUAACUAACUACCGCUUAUAUCAACUGACUAUGCCAGAUGGAGUAAAAGAUAGAGUGCUGAAAACUUUAAGUUGGUCGAACUAAAAUAUAAUUGCUAUUUUGAUCUCUGAAGAAUAAUUCACUGUUUUAUUCUUGAGUUAAAUUACAUACUAUCUUGUAAGUAAAUGCUAUUGAAGUCACUUUAAUCUGGUAUUAUUAUUUGAAAUCUCUAGAAACUGCCCUUCCUUCAUUUCUUAUAGAACCAUCGGUUUAUUAUAACCGAUUUCCAAACUAAUGACAUAUUUUCAAAGUGUUGACUACAAAAUUUAGAUUAGAUAAUUUCAAGCUAGUAUACUAAUAACAUUGUUUAUUAAGUCAAAAUGAUACGAUUAUUGAUUGUUCCAUUCCAAUUUUCCAACUAAUACAUUUAAAAAUACCUUUCAAACCAAAUAAUUAUUUCGAAACUGUAUCAUAAAAUUUAAUAAGGAACGUAGAUACUGAUUUCUUAGUUUAAUAUUUACCAACGCUAGAGUAACUAUUUGGGUUUUUUUCAUUCUUGAGCACAUGUUUAAUUGCUACGAUAUAUUUUGUAUUAUCCGUAUAGGGUUGUGGAGAUUGUUGAGUUUAUAUUGAUAUCAUGAGUGCAUCAAUGGUAGACCACCAUUGAAAACCUGGUAGAACUGGACGGCCCUAUCAUUGACCUAGAUCUUAAGCGUUCAAGUGCGAGGACGAAGGUCUUGGGUUCGAUUCCUGCGUGCGGGAUCGUGGAUGCGCACUGCUGAUGAGUCCUAUAUUUCGUAUUGUUUGUUGUUCAAAUAAAUUAUGUGCAAGCUUAUCACUGUAUUAUCCGGUAGAUUAAUGACCUAUUUUAUUUUAUUUUUAAGUUUAUUUACAUUGUGUUACAUCCUAGUUUCUUUUUUUAAUAUCUUUGUAUAUGUAUAUGAAGGAGUUGACUGGAUAUCCACCAGCAAAUUAUUUACAGCAUACACAUGCUUAUUAUGAAGCAUUGGAAGCAUUCAAGAAAAUACAUGGAGAUGAUUUAUCUGAUCAAAUUUAUGAAAUGAUCACAAAUAAUGAUUCGGGUUUGCGGCUAAAAAAUAAAGGUCGUCAUGCUAAAUCAACAAAUUUCAUUCCGAUGCGUGGAAGUCGACUACAAGAAACAAGUUUCAUGUUAUCACCAAGAAUAAUGCGUAGAGCUAGUAUAAAACUUUCAUCAUCAGUUAAUUGUCUCUUGAAAACUAGUCAUUCAUCAUUGUUUAUAGAAGAUUUAUGCAAUCAACAUCAUGGACAAUCUAUGAAUUGUGAUGAAGAUAGUUCAAGUCAAAUUUUAGAGGAUCCAAACAAUUCCAUUAAUUUUAUAAAAGAUAAUCAUAAUGAUACCACAAAUUUAAUAGCACCAACUAAAAAGUUGGUAAAAGAAAGUACUAUCAUGCAAAAAUUGAACAAAUCAAUUCCUUUAGCGUUUAAGUCACGCUUCACAACUAAUUUGGUGAAGUCCAAUUAUGAUAUACAUACAUCUGCCUCUAGUCCAUCUUUAUGUGAUUCUGGAAUCUUCCUGCGUCAGACAGUUGAAACAACAACUACGAAAACAACAGUAGAAACGACCACAGGCGCCCAGUUCUCCUCAUCUCCACCGUCAUCAGUAUCAACAGUCUUAACAAAUACAACACAACCAUUAUCAAGCCAAUCGAAUAACAUCAUUACUAUCAUUAACCCUAAAGAAGAAAUUUGUAAUCCUUAUAAUUUUAAAGAUAUACAACAAGCUAUCUCAUGGCUUGAAGUUGAAUUGAAUGCUGUUAAAAAUAUAAUGCUGGCUAAUAUGAAAUGCGCAGAUGAGAAUAAAAAAAAUAAAGCAUCUCGUAAAGCUUACAAAUUAGCUGCUAAACGUAACCAAGAAACUAUAACUAACCUUGAGAAUCAAAUACAUGGCCUACAAAUGUACACUCAAAAACGCGAACUAUUUAAAUGCUCAAAAUAUGAAAAUACGUCAAUAUGUAAUUCUGAUCAUUAUUCAACCAAUCAGUCGCUACUCAAAGUGUCAUCGUCAUCUUUAUCUUCUCCAUUAUGCUCCUGUUCACCAUCAUCUUCAUUAUUAUCAAACGAACGUAGAUCAAUUGAUCAACCAACGAAUGAGAUUCCGUCGAAAAUAAAUAUUUUUAAAAAAUACAGUGAGGAAUUUAACCAUUCAUCCAUCACUCAUUUCAGUGUGAAAGAUUUGUUAUUCAUGCAAAAAGAUGUUGAUGAUGAAAAAAUAUCACGUCCAGUUAUUUCAUACCAUAGUAAUCAAAGAAAUCUACCACAGACAUCAUUACAGCAUACCCAACUGAAUAAUACUAAAACAGUAAAUGUAAAUGUUGAAGCAUUAAAACUGUUAUCACCCAGUGUAUCAUCGAAAUUUCUUCAAAGUAAUAAAAUCCAAGAUAGUUCAACUGGAACUCAAAAGACAAUGGUUUCUUUAAAAGAAACAACGACGUUGCCAAAGGAUUUCUUUAAUGGGGGAAAUGAUAAUAAUUAUGAAAAUUUAUCUGAAUACGAACAUCAAAGAGAUAAUAAUUAUACAACUACAACAAAAUCAUCAUCACCGGUGCCAUCCUCUUUGUUGGAUAUGGAAGAGUCUCAGUCGUACAAUACAACUGUUUCAACGACAACUAGGAGUUUUAGUGACAUAGGAACACAGACAAUCAAUCAUGAUACAUUUGAUAGUUAUAAUAAAAAUGAUAAUAAUAAUAAUAUUGGUUUAGACACUAGUCCAAACAAUCGAUUAUUGCUAAACGGGAAUCAUACACAAGAUGUUUACUGUGGCAGUGAUCAAUCAUCAGAAAUGAACUCCUAUCAUGGUUCUCCCUCGUAUUAUCAACUUUCAUCGGAUUCAUCUCAUAAGCUAAAAUCCAAUUGUCACCAACAUCAAGAAUUAUCAUCUAGUACAAAAAAAUCAUUUUUGAAUGAGAAUAAAUUUCAACCAGCAUCAAAACAAUUAAAUGAAAGUCAAAAUUCAUUAUUACAUUUAACAAAAUCAUAUCGAAGUCCUACAUUAUCAUCCUUUUCUUCUUGGUCAUCAACUCAUUCUUUAUGUUCAGUAAACUUAAUUGGACAACGUGAAUCUGCAGAAAAUAACGGUAGUGAUACAAUGCCUGUUAAUAAGGUUUUACAAUCUUCUCAUAGUACGCAUAAUAUUCGAAGUACACCACAAAAAACGUUAGUUGACGUAGAAUUGAAUAAUCAUAAAUCUAAUCAUCAGAUUCAGUCAAAUGGAAUAAAAGUGCCAACUAGUCAAACAAAUUAUUAUUUACCGAUUCAUCAACUGCAUAAAAAUACUAACAGUACUAAAAACAAUAUAAGUUUACAUUAUUUAUCUUGUGAACAAGUACAAUCACCUGCUUUUGUUAAUAAAACAUCCAAAACUUCUUAUUAUAGUCCUGUUUCACAAAAUCGAUCAGGGCAAUCAAUUCGAAAAGUUAUUGAUUAUCGUAAUGCACUUUAUUCAGGAUUUAAAAGACAGAAUAAAGGACUACAUGUAACUUCAUCAACGUUAAAUCUCUGUCAAACUCCUACAGAUUCUCCCAAUCACAGACGAUCUGGUAAUCAUUCAACUAGAAUUAUUGAGCGAGCAAACUUGUAGACCACAUUGAAUGAUUGUUGUUUCAUUGCUUAAGGAUGAGAAUUCCGAAGAUAUUUUUUUAUUUAAAUCACGUGAAUUGGAAUCAACCUCCGUUAGACCUACAUUUCGCUGAAUGUAUACAAUUAAUCGAUUAAUCAUUUACUGUAUUUUACCCUGUGUACUUCCUGUGAUUAUGACAACGACAAAUAUUGGAAAAUGAAAUCAAAAAGGAGAGUUGAAAUGAUAACGUUACAUUUUCUUGUGUACUAUUACUAUCUUUUCACAUAAUGAUUAUAAUUCCUUUCAUAAUUAAUAAUUCACUCAAAUUUAUUAGUUUAUCAAUUACAGUGUUUAUUAUCAUUAUACAAUUUGACAGGUUUUGUAGUUCCAUUUCAAUCUUAAAUGAAUUUAAAUUUCUAACAACAAUCUUUUCAUGAAAUUGGCAAGAUUUAUGGAAACUUUUCUAGCUACUUUAAUCGUUUUCUAUUUAUAUAUCCAACCAUUUAUUACUGCAGAAAUGAAGUUGUUUUAGUGAUUGGCUCUGAACGAAAACAUCCGCGUGUUAUUUCUUUUCAAAAAAAUAUUAUUACAUUGACCUCAUUUAUUUGCUUAGCAGAAUGUAUAUUUGUGUGUAUAUACGCACUCAUUUUCUGUCUAAAUACCUUGAUUGUAUGUGUACAAAAUUUUCUUGAUUUGGAUUGACUUAAUUUCUUCUUUUGUAAUUACUGUAGUGAACGGAAACAGUAGUGGGGACAAUCGAAUGUAUUUGAAUACAAAACUACAGAAUCUCUUAGUAAAAUCUGAGGACCAUACAGUAAAUACUUCAUUUGCAAAAUACCAGUCAAUCGUCUCAGACUUCAUUGUUCCUUUGUUUCCAUAGCAAUCAUUCUCUGUUCUCGUUCUCUUUCCUUCGAUCUUCUUAACCUUCUUCCGUUAGGUAUUCCACUUUCGAUUGGUGAUACAUACUACUUAUACCGGUCGAUAUCAGUAGCGCACAAUACACUACAAGCUCACUAAUAAUCGUCAUGUCGCUAACUCGAG